UUUCUUUUUUUUACAGAACUGACACCGCAGGCACUUGCCUAACAGGAGUGACACCGACCUCAGGGCUCCCACACACAAGGGGAGAAAGAAGGCGAGCGCACAGCGGCAGAACAACACUUUAGUACGUUUACACCCGGUGACCUUCAGGGUAGAAGAGACAAGGCUCGUAGACUACAGGGAAAGGGGCUUCCUAUAGCAUCAUCACCGACGGAGGAGCUUGACGGAUGGCAGACUGGGACUUAUCAGUCACUGUGGAGGAGCUGGGCUCAGAGGCCCCCGCCCUUUCCAUCAGUGUGACCUCUGACCUUCAUAUAGGGGGCGUCAUCCUCAAGCUUGUGGAGAAGACACAGAUAAAGCGUGACUGGUCCGACCAUGCCCUGUGGUGGGAGCAGAAGCAGCAGUGGCUGCUGCGCACCUCCUGGACCCUGGAGAAGUGUGAGAUCCACGCCGACGCCAGCCUGGUCUUCAUGCCCCAGCAUAAGCCCCUGAGGCUGGGCCUGCCCAACGGCGCCACCGUCAGGCUGCGAGCCUGCUUCUCAGGGCCCGUGUUCCGCACCUUGCUGGGCAUCUGUAGGAUACUGAACAUCCGACACCCAGAAGAGCUGUCCCUGCUCCGCCCUCUGGAGGAGAAGAAGAAGAAGAAGGAGAGGGACGCCUUGGACGAGGUCUACGACCUCACAGAGGUGCCCCUCGCGUCAGUGUCCCAGGCCUGCCUGUACAACGGCAUGCCGGCCCACUUCGCCGACUCGCCCCAGACGGAGGCCGUGUACCGGAUGCUGUCGGUGCCCCAGCCCGCCCCCACGCCCGAGCUCAUCAGCAAGCAGUACCGGGCCGCCAGCGUGGUGGACAAGGCACACAUCAACAGCAGGUGGCUGGACUCCUCCCGUUCCCUGCUGCAGCAGGGGGUCCAGGAGAACGACCGGCUGUGGCUACGCUUCAAGUACUCCACCUUCUACAACCUCGAGCCCCUGUAUGACGCGGUGCGUCUCGCCCAGCUGUACGAGCAGGCCCGCUGGGCCGUCCUGCUGGAAGACGUUGACUGUACUGAGGAGGAGAUGAUGCUGUUCGGGGCGCUGCAGUACCACAUCAGCAAGCGCUCGCUGUCGGAGCCCCAAACGGUGACCGCCAACGCGGCCAUGGAUGACCUGGAGACGGCCCUGCUGUCCCUGGAGGUCAAGCUGGACGGGGACAGCCACACCGCCAACGACAUGCUGGACAACAUGGCAGCACCAGAACUAAGUGACUAUCUGAAAAUAUUCCGGCCCAAGAGAUUGACCCUGAAGGGCUACAAGCAAUACUGGUUCAAGUUCCAAGACACCGGCAUCUCUUACUUCAAGAGCAAAGAGGAGAGCGUGGGAGAGCCCAUCCAGCAGAUCCACCUCAAAGGCUGCGAGGUCGCCCCAGACGUCAACGUGGCCGGACAGAAGUUCCUCAUCCGGCUCCUGAUCCCGGCCCCGGAGGGCAUGACCGAAGUCUACCUGCGCUGCGAGAACGAGGAGCAGUAUGCCCACUGGAUGGCGGCAUGCCGGCUGGCGUCCACGGGGCGGAGCCUGGCCGACAGCAGCUUCCAGAGCGAGAUCCAGAGCAUCCGCUCCUUCCUGGCCAUGCAGAAGACCCACGGCAACAGCUCGGUGCCCGCCGCCGACGACGCCAUCAACCCCCACAGCCUGGUCUCGCCGCGCUACCAGAAGAAGUACAAGGCCAAGCAGCUCACCCAACGUAUCCUGGAGGCCUACCAGAACGUGGCCCAGCUCUCCUGGAACGACGCCCUGCUCCGCUUCUUGCAGAUCUGGCAGGCGCUGCCAGACUUCGGCCUCUCCUACGUGGUCGUCAGGUUCAAGGGCAGCAGGAAGGACGAGGUGCUGGGAAUCGCCCCCAACCGGUUGAUCCGCAUCGACCUGGGGGUGGGCGACGUGGUCAGGACCUGGCGCUACAACAACAUGCGCCAGUGGAACGUCAACUGGGACAUACGACAGGUGGCCAUCGAGUUCGACGGUAACGUGAACAUCGCCUUCGGCUGCGUGACGGCCGACUGCAAGAUCGUCCACGAGUUCAUCGGGGGCUACAUCUUCAUGUCCACGCGGACGAAGGAGCAGGGCGACACCCUCAACCAGGAGCUCUUCCACAAGCUGACAGGGGGCCAUGAGGCCCUCUGAGGCCCCGAGACCCCUAUGAGGCUCUAUUUUAGACCCUGUGGGACCCUAUUAGGCCCUGUGAGGCAGGGGCCACACACCGGCCCCGCGUUCCUCUUUGUCUCAACCGAAUGGGAGCUCUGGGGGCCAGGAACCUGUGGCUAGUAGAGCCCGACUUAGCUGCCUCUGGUUGCAUAUGGCCGACCUACGAGGGAUAAAGGCCGCUUUGUAUCUCAUUAAUGUAUUAUCUACUCAUAAAUUAUACUAUAGAAAUUAAACAAAACGCCUUUGUGGGAUACAAAGCGACAUUUUAAUCAGAUCGUCUCACAGCUAUCGGAGUCAAUUCCAGGUCAUGUUAAAAAUCGAUUUGCCAUGUUACCAUAAUAGGGAAGAGAAGAUAAUAAUAAUCAAUCUUUCCAGUCUAAAUUGUCUAUUUUGCAAUGAACAUCUUCCCUAAAAGGUUGAUUGAUAAUCACACAAACGAUCUUUUGGCUCUUCUGAAAAUCAUUUUCAAGUAAUUUAAUUCUUUGAGGCUCUGCCAACUGAAAGGUGGCUGACCAAUGUGCCAAUAGAAGUGCGAGUUGGCAAGUGUUGCUUAGAUACUGUGCGAAAUACUGGGUUUGAAAUACAACUGAUAUCUUUGUUGAAGAAUUUUUCCCACAUUUGAUCUCAUCAGUGGAUGAGUCCAAACCUAUGCUUAUUAAACGCAAUCAUUGUACCAGUCAUUCUCCUUUAAUAAAUAAUUAAGGCAGUCACUUUGUUAUUCACAGCCCCAGUUUCGGGUGGUUUAUUACAGGAAGCUUUGAGGAGGUUGUUAUCCACUAUCUUCCUGGCCACGCUGUAUCUUGGAGUAACAGUUGUGGCAGUCUGUUAGCGAAUAAACCCACAAUGUCCGCCUGCCCCAUAUCUGGUAAACAUCCUCUGUGUUCAUCUGUCUUUCUGUCCCUUACACUCUGGCCUCAUGUCAUUGAGUGUGUUUCUUUGACAAUAGUCGGCCACAUUAGUGCCACUAUAGUACGGGCUUCCAACAGCCAUUCUCCCUCAAUGUUGAUCACAUCAACAUAAAGAUAUGUUUUCUCUCUUUGGCGAACACAGACAAAGGCUUAGGGUUAUGGGUUAGGAUUAAUCGCCCGUCAGGGUUAACGAUUUUAAAGUAGACAAACAUAGACAAAGUUACGUUUUAAACCCAAACGGGAUGUGUCGGUCGCGACUGAUUCGUUACAAAGAACGAAUCCCGAACGUGAACGACAAGAACUGGUUCCCCAAAACAAGAAGAACUGGUUCUUUGAUUCUUUUUUUUUUAACAUCAACCAAACAUAUGGUCACGUAAAUAAAAUAUACAAACGAACAGAGCUCCGUCUCCCCGCGACUUAUAUUGAUUGAGUCUACAACUUCCUCAAAGAUUCAGCCAAUGAGAGGUAGCAAUGGUGUUGGAAUGGCACCUGGGUAAACCAAUGACAAGGCGGUACCGUCGAAUAUGCGCGCUUACUCUCUCUGACGUAUCUUGGGUCAUACCAUUCGACUCAUAUAUCCCCCUACAUUUUUUCGAAAAUAGACUUGACCUCCAUCUGUUUAUUGGAUAAACACAUUUCCCAAUCCCAGGAGUCUUUGCUCCAUUCUACGUCAAUUUAAGAACAAACAAAGAAAUUAAACUGCAGUUCGUAUUUUUUAUUUAUGACCAUGCAAGUUCUGUAAUGCCUGAACAAUGAAGAAUUAAAUGUAAAGUAAAAUAAAAUUAUAAAUGUAAAACCAUGAAUGAAAUAUAGAGAGUAAGCAAGUGGUAUAAAUAUUGGUGGGACGUUCG